AUCUACCAAAUGCUUCUUGAGGAUUGGCAAUCCACCCUGUUUUCACAGACUGAAAAGACACUUUCCACAAAAAUAUGUGAAUGGACCAAUGUCUCCAUCAGAACCUGAAUGCAGAAGAGCAUUGGGUCUUUCCUUUGUUAACAGCAACUGGCUGUUGCUUUGUCACUGGACCUGGACCACCUCAGGACCUGACUGGCAGGACCCAACAGAACGAUGAGGCUUUCCCUGGCACACACGCCAGUCCAGCUGGCUCUGUGGUUGCCGUGGGUGACGGCGGUGGUGUCGGCGCUGUUGUCGGACAACAUGACGGGUUUCUACGGCGACGAGAGCACGCAUCGCAUCAGCAGCGGCCUCAUGCAGUGCGGCGAGUACAGCAAUGAGGCGAUGCCCAACGGGCAGUGCCGCCUGAUGGCCACGCUGCCGCAGCUGGCCGAGCAGCGGUGCCCAGACAUGUUCCGCUGCACGGACGAGGUCUCCUACUGGCUGCACGAGAACGAGGAGCGCAAGCAGCAGGUGCAGGACCUGAAGGAGACCAUCUCCGAGCUCCUGGAGGAGCUGAGAAGCCACAGGCACCGCAUCAAAGUGCUGGAGAUGCAGCACCAGGACCGGACGGGCUGGAACUCGUCUCUGGAGCACCGCUUCCACGCGCUGGAAGAGAGCUACAUGGAGGCCACGGCGCUGCUGCAGGUUCACGGCUCGCUCAUCUACGACAUGCAGCGGCAGGUGCACAACCUGUCCAUGGUGGUGGAGCGCGUGCGUCGCAACCCCGGCUGCAUGAUCAACAUCAUCCGCACCAGCCCUCUGCUCAGCAACCACGAGAUGCUGCACCCAGAGGUGCAGCACAUACGGAACUGUCCAAUCGACUGUGCCUCGCUUUACUACAAUGGAGUACACAGGUCUGGAGUUUUCACUAUUGUCCCUUCACGAGGGACCGCGCCGCUGGAGGUCUACUGCGACAUGGAGACUGAAGGUGGAGGGUGGACAGUGAUCCAGAGGAGGCAGGACGGGAAGGUGAACUUCAACCGCAUGUGGAACGAGUAUAAGAACGGUUUUGGCGACCUGCAUACUGAGUUCUGGCUGGGAAACGACCACAUCCAUGACCUCUCCAAUCAGGGGGCCUACUCACUGCGUAUUGACCUGGAGGACUGGAACGGCAAGCACAAGCAUGCCUAUUAUGAGAGCUUCAGCACUGAGGAUGAGGAUCACCAGUACCGUCUGCACGUGACUGGCUUCAGUGGGACAGUGGAAGACUCCUUCGCUUGGUACCACGACAAGCAGAGCUUCAGCACUCCUGACACGGGCAACAUCUGUGCUGAGAUCUCCCACGGGGGAUGGUGGUACAACCAGUGCUUCUUUGCUAACUUAAAUGGAGUUUACCACAAGGGGGGGCGCUACUCUGCCAAAAGCAAGAAUCUGCUGGGCCCAGAUGGCAUAGUGUGGUACACCUGGAAGGACUCUGACUACUACUCACUGAAGAAGGUGAGCAUGAUGAUUCGCCCACGGACAUUCAGGCCACGCCUGUCUCCAUGACAACAACAGCUCAUCGCGAGCCAAGCCUGCUGUGAUGUGACAGGGCGUGACAACACGUCUCAGCACUGUGUGAAAACAACUACCAGCCGCGUCUGUACACUGUUCAGGCAGGUGUCAGAAGUCCGUUUACGCAGAAACAAAAUGUAUAUCUAACAAUGUACAUCUGAUCUCGCACAGACACACACAUAACACAGAUGAAUGUCUUCAAGUCCAGGCUUCUUUUGGCUUUUGACGUUUGGAUUUUAGCAUGAACAGCUCGAUUGUGAAGCAUCAUGACCAUGCUGCACAAAAACAGAACCGGCAACUACACUGACAUGGAGAACCUUACAAGAAAAUUCAGCUAGACAUUGAACAACACUGUUCAAUGCUGCACUUUAUACUGUGUAUAUGUUCCUGUACAUGCUUAACUUUGCUCUGUAUUAAUAAUUAGUAUAUGGGCAUCACUAGUUCAGAACCAUUUGAAGGCUACAGUGACUUACCACAACACCACCAUCAACCUUGUUCACUCUCUCUGUAUAACUGUAUUCUGUUACUUGUGUCAGCACAACAAACUACUUUUGCCAAAGAGGUAAAAGUAUCGCUUGAUAAAUACAUUGACCAUAGUCUGUGAAGACAUGUGACUGAUUUAGGUAUUUGUAUUUAGGACGAAAGGAACGUGAUUACUAUCUCCCUCUCUGGGAAACUAUAGAAGGAUAUGGGAUUCUCACAGCCCUUUAUGUGUGUGAUUCCAUUAUGUCACUCGUGAUCCCCAAUGGUGAAAACCUCCCUCUGGGAAAUUCUCCCCUACUUAACUCGAUCCAUGUUGCUGCUCUUUUCUACUACAUAAGGAAGGGAAGGAAAGUCUGUAUACUUGCACAAUAUAGAUUACGAGGGUUAGGAGAGAACGAAGAAAAGACAACUCUUUUAAAAUGCAUAGAUGAAACUACAAUGUACUGUAUACUGUCACAACAACUUGUAAUGUUUGAUAAAACUGUUUACAUUUUUUAAACUGCUUAAAACUGUAUAUUGUGCACAUAUUAAAUCCAUCUGUUUGCAUAUAGCUGAAGUAUGCAUAUUUACAUUUUGUGCUUUCAACCAUGGUAUUACAAUAUUUUACAUAUCAUUGUGAUGGCAUCAUAGUGGUGUUCAUGCAGUCAAUGAUCUGCCUGCAUUUCAUUGGGAGAAAAAAAAUAUGACCCCGAUUUUGGAGGAAGAUCUGGAUAAAUUAUUAUCCAUUUAUUAAAUGUGAAUGUAAAAGUCUUCUUCAGAAUUUAAUUUGCCGAAUAUUUUGAGGUGUGACUGAGUUCCCCACCCUUGUCUUCUUGUUUUCUCCCUGUUAGAUAAAGUUAUCUCCUUUAUCCUGAAAUGUCUGUCAGUGCUAUCUGUCUGGGGCAGGGUAGGGUGGAGAAAAUGGUGGACGAGGAGGUUGAAAAACAGCUCCCUUGUAAAUCUUGGUGACAUCACUGUUACAAGGGUCGUGGCUCUGGGAAAAAAAUAAAAAAUCCAAGGGUCUACAGCCAAUUCAUUACUCAUGGUAUGGUGCUUCUUGUCUGAAGUUCUGUCCACAGAAAGGAAAACAUCUUUUACUGAAUCGCUCAAAACCACUGGGGAAUUCCAGUAGAGGCAAUGAUGUUUUUACAGAGAACUGGAAGUUAAAAUGAAUGAUACUAGGUGAAAAUAAAGUCACAACAGCUCA